CACGAUGGAUGAUAUCACUACUAUUUCUCUUGUGCACUUUCCUUUACGCUCUGAGCAACGUACGUUACUUCUUGCUGUACACAGAAGCUGCACGAUCCGAUGACUAGGAACUAAUAAUAGGCCGACGCAGCCGUGAAUUUGGGGUUUUUCUUAGAGUAUACGUUCAACCAAUCAUAAAUGUGACUGGUUCGAAGCUCCGUCCAGGUGGCGCGUCGUCAUCAGAUGUUUUAGAGCACCACUCGGUAUAUGGACCUCAGGAAUAUCACGCGUAAUAUUACUAUAUAUACUCGACCAAUAAAAGUUGGACCCUGAAAAUCGGCUCAUUGGACAUCUCCCUACUCUUCUGUGUAACACGGGUAUACUUCACUGAAUUUAUUCCAACACUAUCAGAUUCGGUGUAUAAACUCUGUAAGUUCCUCAUACUCAAUUACAUGUAAGUUCUGUAUCGGUACAUCGCCAUCUAGUGUUGAACUCUCAAUCUUGAUUAUACGAGACUAGUGGCUAGCACAUCCUCCAUUGGGGUUACAGCCAUAAAGUGAAAUGGACGAGGAUAAUGAGACGGAAAUUGUGAAGGAGAAGGACGACGAAGAAGUGUCAUGGAAAGAUUUGGGUAUAGUGGAUUCUCUUUGCCAAGCAUGUGAAGAGCUUAAGUGGAAGACACCCUCCAAGAUUCAGAAAGAAGCAAUUCCCUUAACUCUGCAAGGGAAGGACGUGAUAGGAUUGGCUGAAACUGGAUCUGGUAAAACUGCAGCGUUUGCUCUUCCAAUAUUGCAGUCGCUAUUAGAAAAUCCGCAGAGAUACUUUGCACUGAUAUUGACACCUACCCGUGAAUUAGCCUUUCAAAUUUCUGAACAGUUUGAAGCACUGGGUGCAACUAUAGGUGUAAAAUGUGCUGUAAUUGUCGGAGGAAUGGAUAUGAUGUCCCAGGCCCUUUUACUGGCCAAGAAACCUCACAUUUUAAUAGCAACACCUGGAAGACUUGUAGAUCAUCUAGAAAAUACAAAGGGAUUCAAUCUACGCUCCCUUAAAUAUUUGGUAAUGGACGAAGCUGAUAGAAUAUUGAACAUGGAUUUUGAAGUAGAAGUAGAUAAAAUAUUACGCGUAAUUCCACGCGAGAGAAGGACUUUAUUAUUUUCGGCAACGAUGACAAAAAAGGUACAAAAACUUCAAAGGGCUUCGUUACAAAAUCCAGUGAAAGUGGAGGUAUCCACGAAAUAUCAAACCGUAGAAAAAUUGCAACAAUACUACAUCUUCAUUCCCGUAAAAUUCAAGGACGUUUAUCUAGUACAUAUAUUGAAUGAAUUAGCCGGAAACAGCUUUAUGAUUUUUUGCGGCACUUGCAACAAUACAAUGCGAACAGCAUUACUUUUGCGAAAUUUGGGAUUCAUGGCGGUACCAUUGCAUGGGCAAAUGUCGCAGAAUAAACGAAUAGCUGCCUUGACAAAAUUCAAAGCAAAAAAUCGUUCCAUAUUAAUUUCCACAGAUGUAGCAAGCAGAGGUCUGGAUAUUCCGCAUGUGGACGUCGUUAUAAAUUUCGACAUCCCGACUCAUAGUAAAGACUACAUUCAUCGCGUUGGCAGAACAGCGCGGGCUGGUCGCUCAGGACGUUCCAUUACAUUCGUAACGCAGUACGACGUUGAGCUGUACCAGCGAAUUGAGCAACUGAUUUCAAAGCAGCUUCCGAUUUAUCCUACCGAAGAAGAGGAAGUAAUGUUACUGCAGGAGCGUGUGGCUGAAGCACAACGUAUGGUUAAGAUGGAAAUGAAGGACAUCGAGGAGAGUAAGAAAUCGGGAAAAGGCAAGAAGAGGAAAGGUGGGACUGGUGAUAAUGACGACGACACCGAGCAGUCUUUCGGCGUCAGGAAGAGAAUAAAGGGUAAAGGGAAGGGGAACAAGGGCUGA